UUUUAAUACUUACAUUUUGGUACCAACAACAAACCAAUACUUUUUGAUACCUCACUGUUAGAAGCACAUCUAAACAUACUAAACUAUUUUUGAUAACUUUUCAAAAAUACAACGGUCAAAAUUUGGAAAUUCUGAUCAAAUGUAUGGGAUGGAGGACUUAGGUCCUGUAUGAAACAAACAACAACAGCAGUAUAGUCUGUUAUAAUAUAAAAUAUAAGUCAAUUAAAAACAGGUUUUGUAAAAUGGAUAGUGCAAUACAUUAUACACUUUACCUUACAUUUCAGACUGAUUCGUCAUGUUGACCAGUCACCAGUCUGCAUUAACACGUUGCUGUUAUAAGUACAGCUGUCAACAGUUGAUCCUAUCUUAUACCUGACAUUAAAUCCAUCAGUCUAUAUGCCAAGUAAAGAGUUAAGGAUUACUAAUGUCAAGUUAUGUAAGGGGAGUGGGCCCUGGGAAUAAUGUCUAGAUUUGUUGCAUUCCCACAUGUCAAUCCGCAGACCUGCAUGUUCCAUAAACUGCAGCAGCCACAAACGCGGUUAGCAUGAGUAACCUGCCUCUGCCGUUGUUAUGGAGCACUGUUAAACUUACACAAUACCAAACACAUGUCUGAGGUUCAUGAUCAGUUUCUCUGUCUGAUGCAGCCAAUAAUAAACAUGUUAUUCAAGACUAAUUUCACAGGAGUGUACUUAUGUAGAUGUCAGAGGUGUGAGUGAUAAGGUACCAGAGAAAAAGAGCAGAAUCAUUCUUUGUUUUGAAGAAUCAGGAAUUUCCUCCAGGUUUACAUUUGACUUGGUGUUUCUGUUGUAGCUGAACAGAGCUAAAACAGCUCGCUGUGAAUGAUUUUGACUUUUGCUGAUUUCACUUUCGGUGGUCAGAUGACACAAUGAGGCCAACAGGAGUUUGGGGACCACCUCAUUGCAUUCCUCAGAGGCCCUCCAACAGGUGAUGUCUCUACAGGGCGUUGUGCUCCAUAACCCCAGUAUUUGUGUCAUAACCACAAGCCUGUGUGUCUGUGUCACAGUCAUAGAUUUAGAAAGCUCUGUGCACUGAGGUGGAGGCUGUUGUGGUCAGAGUCGCUGUGUCCCCCAGCACCUGUCUCUGCUGUCCCAAACUCCUGUAGCCAUGGAUUCAAGCCCCCUCCCACAAUAAACACAAGUGACAUUUUCAAUUAGAGGAAAGACAAGUGAAACUUUUACUUCAACCCAUGACUAAUGAAAAAGAAUGUUUUGUAAUUGCCUUAUAACUUACAAACUAACAAAGUACCUCGUGCACUUUGAUGCUUAGAAACUGAUAUAAUAAGUUAAUAAUCAUUAUGCAGCAUUUAGGUGCAUAUGCAUAAGCAGCAGUAGCAAAGAAAAAAAGAGUCACUGUCCGGUCUGCAUCCCCCCGUCACUGCGAGUCCUCGCCUCGCGCCAGCGCUUCUGCUCCUGCACGUCAACUUCCCGUUGAGGAAGGAGGUUUCCAUCUUUGCAAGCGUUUGCAAACCAGAUGCAGACAAUUGCCUGUUCUUUCUACAGACUUUCGGAGUUUGGUCGUCUGCGAUUCUUGACAUCACACUGAUGGUCUUCACUUCUGCGCGCUGCACCCCGCCUGCCGGGGCGGAGGAGCGCUGGACCACAGAGACGCACAAGGAGGCGAGGGCAGGCUGAUGUUAGCAGCUGUGGAGAGGCUCAGUCUGCCACUUAAAACUACAGAGACAGCUAAGGCGAACUUAAUGAAAUAAUUGUGGUUAAUGACGUUGGUUUAGAUAACAAAUCUACUGCGUGACCACUGCGUUUGCUGGCUUUGAUUUGUAACUGCAUGUGUAUUUAUAGGAAUGGAUGGUUUGCUUGGUUGAGGCUAGGCUGUGCUGUCAUUUCUGCAAAGUGAUGGCAGGUCCUUAGCAGCUCACUUUCAUAUUUCUCCUGGAGUUAGUGCGCGUGUAGUUACUUCUCUGCACCCCGCUGUUUACGUCUCUCAUCUGACUCUCAACAAUGGUCGCUGACGUUUCAGCGCGACACACUUGUCCAAGUCUUGUGCAUCUUUUCUUGCUCGAACGUGACUUGAUCUGCAGAUAACUUUCAUAGCUUAACAAACCAGUCAGAUGCUGUGAUAUAGCAGUGAUGAUAUUUACUCAUGUGUUCUGAUCCGUAGACUACUUUCAGUCCACUUUACAGCAAACACAAACAGGACUAUGACUUGGUCUAAACUUUGCUCUGCGCCCCUGCGGAUGAUCCAGUGAAAAAGUGUCAAAUCUUAUGUAGUUUAAUCGUGUUAGCCUGAAGAUGUUAGGAAGUCCGUCAAACAACGGCGGCAUCAGAAUGCUGGCACCCCCGGCUCCGAACGACGACAGGCGGGUAGAGUUCGUGGCUCUCACCGCUGUCCACACGGAGAGAAGCGAGCCGUCCACCCCGGAGCGCGGACACCCGUCUCACCGCACAGGUCUGCUGGGCACCCCGCUGACCGGGCCGCCUGGACCCCGGGCCAACUCAUCCGCCUCAAGCAAGCGCUACAGAAAGUUGCAGAACUGCCUGUACAACGUGCUGGAGAGACCAAGAGGAUGGGCAUUCAUCUACCAUGCGUUCAUUUUUCUGCUGGUGUUCAGCUGCUUGGUGUUGUCUGUGUUCUCCACCAUCCGCGACCACCAGAAGGUUGCCAACCAAGGCCUCUUCAUCCUGGAAUUUGUGAUGAUUGUGGUGUUUGGGUUGGAGUACUUCGUCAGGAUCUGGGCUGCUGGCUGUUGCUGCAGAUACCGUGGAUGGCAGGGACGGCUGAGAUUUGCCAGAAAGCCCUUUUGUGUCAUAGACUUCAUAGUAUUUGUGGCGUCGUUGGCAGUGAUCGCUGCAGGUACGCAGGGUAACAUCUUUGCCACCUCGGCCCUGCGGAGCAUGCGCUUCCUCCAGAUUUUGCGGAUGGUUCGUAUGGACAGACGGGGAGGCACCUGGAAGCUACUGGGCUCAGUGGUUUACGCACACAGCAAGGAGUUGAUUACAGCCUGGUACAUAGGUUUCCUGGUCCUGAUCUUUGCCUCCUUCCUCGUCUACCUGGCAGAGAAAGACAUCAACUCAGAUUUCAACACCUAUGCAGACUCCCUCUGGUGGGGGACUAUUACUCUCACUACUAUUGGCUAUGGUGAUAAGACCCCUCGUACCUGGCAGGGACGGCUCCUAGCUGCUGGCUUUGCUCUUCUGGGAGUCUCCUUCUUUGCCCUGCCUGCUGGCAUUCUGGGCUCAGGCUUUGCCUUGAAGGUUCAAGAGCAGCACCGGCAGAAGCACUUUGAGAAGAGGAGGAUGCCUGCUGCCAACCUGAUACAGGCUGCAUGGCGUCUCUACUCUACAGAUCCCAAACACUCCUAUCUAACAGCUACAUGGUACUUCUAUGACAGCAUGUUGCCUUCGUUCAGAGAACUGACGCUACUGUUCAGUCACCUCCAGCGACAGCGUAACACCAAGAAGGUUCUCCACAACUCCUACCACACGCUGCUGUCUGGGCUGCGGCCCUACAGCUCCCCCUACCUGUCGGGAGACAGCAGUAAAAUGGGUUUCCGGGAUCGGAUCAGGAUGAACAAUUCCCGAUCGUCCCAAACCAUUCGGAACAAGGCAUCACCGCUGCCCCCGGGCCCCGGUGUCAGACGCUCUCCCAGCCAGGAGAACGUCCCCGAGAUGACCAGCCCGGGGAAGGUCCAGAAGAGCUGGAGCUUUAACGACCGCACGCGCUUCCGCACCUCGCUUCGCCUCAAACCACGACCUCCUGCUGAUGUGGAGGGAGUCGGGGAGGACAGUGUAGAAGACAAACCAUAUUAUGACGUGGCCAUGGAGGAGGUAAUCCCAGCAGUGAAGACACUUAUACGAGCUGUCAGGAUCUUAAAGUUCCUUGUGGCCAAGAGGAAGUUUAAGGAGACGCUGCGUCCGUAUGAUGUGAAGGACGUCAUAGAGCAGUACUCUGCUGGACACCUGGACAUGCUGGGCCGUAUCAAGAGUCUGCAGAUGCGGGUGGACCAGAUAAUUGGACGAGGAACAGUUCAGCCCGAUAAGAAGGCACGCCCUGAAAAAGGAGAGAAGACACCACCAGAACUGGACCCACUGGAUGAGCUAAGCAUGAUGGGACGUGUAGUCAAGGUGGAGAAACAGGUACAGUCCAUAGAGAACAAGCUGGACCUCCUGCUCAAUUUCUACUCCCAGUGCCUAAAGAAAGGUUCAUCCCACUUUACCCUGUCCUCCCUCCUGGAGCCCGACCUGACAUCUGACUACCACAGCCCUACGGACCAAAGAGACCUCUUCCCCUCUGCUAACACGCUCAACAUCUCCCAGUCCGAAAGUGGCAACUUGGAAUGACAGUGAGCUGAGCAAUCUGGGGGUCGUUCGAACACAGACAGAAACCCUUCGCAGUACGUCUUCCGUCAGCUGAGCCCUCACUCCGAGCAGCCAGAACUACAUGUCUCCUCUUCCCUUCAUUUCAUUUUUUGUCUGCAACCCAUCUCAAAACAGCAUCCUCACCCCCAUUUUCUUCGAGUGAAUGUCUCUCCACAGCUGAUUCAGACAGAGGCCACCAGAUGGCUCCACCAGACAAGGAGCCUCAGCCAAAGCUGCUCACAGGAACCCCCCCCCCUCUCAACCCACCAGAUUAGGAUGGAGAUAAAGAGAGGACACAUGAACAACUAUUACUUGACUACUGAACCACUUUCACCCACUCACCUCAUGCUUUAUAUCUAUGCCUACUUUGAAGCUUCACCUUUAGAUAAUCAGAUACUGUGAGCUUUGAGGUUUCACAAAUCUUUGGAGACCCCCCCCCCCCCCGAGAGUGUUCUGACUCAGUUGACAGUGCUGCACGUGCCAUGCCACUCGUUUGUUCAGUACCUUAGGAUGGCAUCACAAUACUAUGAUACUGUGAUGAAUGUAAUGGGUACCACCUGCAGAUAUUGCAUUCACACCAUUGACCACACCAGACUGGGCUGACCUCACCAAAACAAACGGUACAACUUCCCACCCAAACCAGGGAGCUCUAAAUGUGUAAAUCCUGCUUUAAUCGCCCAAACCUGUCACAUGAAAACAGAGCUGGAAGAAUGUGACUGAUGUGUACUGUACAUUGUUGUUUGUUUUGAUCUCCUUUCCUUCUCUCAGAGGUUCUUUCUCCAACAGGCCCACUUGCAAAAAAACAAGACAUUAUUCCCUGUUUGGCUGGCAUUCAAGUGAGGAAUGUUCCCACUUGUUUAGGAUUUAACAGAGCCAAAAUGUCCUAUCACAGGUCUAAAAUCCCUCCUUUGCAGCGUUUGAAAGGCUAUUUGAGUAUUCUAGUAACUAGAAUUUAUGUUCUUAACAUGAUCUUUAAAACUCUGUCUUGCAGCCCAUCCUCCAAACAUGCAUGAUGCUCAGACGAGUCCUGUAGAUAAAACCUCACUGAUACUCAGAAUUUAGACAUUUCUUUUAGAUAUUCAUUUUCUGCACUUCUCCUCGUAACUCACAUCAAGCCUCAGGUCAGGUUUACCACGUCAGCUGGUUCAGGCAGUCAGUAAUACUUCACAACCUUUCUUACAGCAGGAUACUUGUCGCUCUUACAGUCAUCACAUGGUACAUGCACUUGCAGAGACUUUUUGGCCAGUUUGGUGCAGUUUUAAACAACGAACAACCUGUAAGGUGUCCAGGUCCAGCGCAUGAAUUCCAGGCCAUUAUCCUCAUGAAUGCACGUGUCUUAGGAAAUGGUUCCGGCCUUACAGCUUCACUACAGACAGACAGUGUGCAGGGUUGGGCUUCAGUCAUCACUUAUAGGUGUUACACACUGACUGUCAAUGCCAGUCCACUUUACUCUUGUCUGUCUUUUCUGGUUCUUUCUUGGACAUGUUUGUUGCACGUAAAGGCUCCGUGCUUAUGGACAAAACUGGAGAGUGCACAAAGGCACACACACAUACACACAAUGAAAGCAAUUACUUUACUUAAAUACAUUGGCACUUGAUAAAUAUAACACAUUUUUGUCAUGUGUAACUUUAUCAUUUUGUUUUAAUUUCUUUACUGUAACUAUGUUGAUGUACUCGAUUUUGUGUAACCUAUAACAGCAAAUUUCUAUGUUUUUGUAAUGAUUUUUUCUUUGGUUGUUAAAGUGAAUGUAGGGUUUAAGUUAAUAUAUUUAAUUCAGUUAGAUAUGAUCUUUAAAUAAAUGUAGCAUUUUUGUCAAGCUAAAUCAUGGAUGACACAACUGUAACUAUACACAGCUGAUCAGGUUGACACGCACACGACUCGCAGAGCUCAUUUGUAUUUUAAGCUCAUAUUUUUUUAAUGUCAUCAGAUAAUUGCUGCCAGCUUCAACUAAGAAAACAUUCAUCAUACUGUAUUUGGCUAGUGAAAACAGUUCGUCUGUCCCUUCAAGUGAUUCAUUUAUUUGGUUCAGUCAAGCCAGUUGACUCAGGUGCUCCACUUCUCCAUUCAAGCCAAGCCUAGACUUCAAACAGUGAAUGUACAGUACUUCAUUUGUCGGUCUCUUUAGAUCUAUUUAUUUUAGAUCGCUGCCAUGAGGAAUAAAAUGGCACUUCGAGCUUGCUGUUGGCAUUGUAAAAUCUUUGCAUUCAUUUCAAAGAGAAAUGCUAGGUAGCUUUAUUGUUUGACUUAAAUUAUAACAGAGAUGUCUCGUUAUUAGAGGCGUUAUUACUCUGAACAGUACUGUCACAUCAUUGUCACCUGGAAUGUUGAGCUUCAUGAAAAUGUAUGUGAGACCACUGUAUUGCAUGUUGUUGUUAGUAGUGGCCCCAGUAUUAGAAAAAAAAAUUAAGGUUGUCUUCUGUGAAGUCUUGAGUCAAGUCAUGAAAGGAAAUGACCUGUGCCUUCUAUGUCCUCGUUCUGUAACUGAUACGGUGCGGCUUUCUAUCUCAAACUUAAAUAUUAAUGCUGCUUUAAAGACAACAGUGUUUGAUAGAAAUAUCACAUGAGAAUAGCCAUUAGCUCUUUUUGCAAAAAUGUUGAUCUAACUGAAGAAACUCUAUCAAAAUUGUUAUGAACACAUAGUUUUUAGGGGUGUUAGUCUUUUAUGACUGUUGCAUCCUUUGAUAUUUUCUGAGAAUAUUAAUGUAUAUUCAGCAUAUCAUUGUAACCCUACCAGGACCUCUUCGUGUCGACGCCCUUACUGUAUUUUAACACCUGUCAGAUUUGGAGACUGGAGGCAUGGACAUUUGUAUCGCCACAGGAAACUCUGCAGGCAUGUCUCCUUUCAUAAGCAUGUCACUUAGACCAGAAUGGCUUCCACACAACUACCUCUGAGGCCACUAGGGGGCACUAGUCUAGGAAACCAAGUAUGAAAAACAGUAACUGAUUGUCUAACUGACUGAAUGCUAUGCAUGACUCAAUCUGCACGUUCUCUUUUCUCUUCUUCACUCUGUUCUUCUUCAUGACGUCCUUACCAUCCAUCGUUCACUGACUUGCUGCCAUUUGACAUUCCAGCUCGUUGCCCUUUAACUGCUCUCUAAGGUAUUGGAACUGUUGUUAAAAUGAAAACUGAUCAAAGCAAUAAGCAAAAUGCUAACCUAACAAAGUCUUCCAAUUCCGAUUGAUGUAGCUACUGGUUGAUGACAUAUGGCGCUUAUCUUAUUUUCUAAUCUAAUGCACACCUCUAUUUGAUCUUUAAAAGAGAUACAAAAAUGUGUAUCUGCUGAGGAUAAAAUUAGCUCACUUGACUAACUUAUUAAUUUAUUUGUUUCAAUAAAGCUCUUUGGACUGUA